AUGUAUUUUGAAACGGCGCUUGUGUUUAAUUUGCGGGAAUACAAAGACGCAACUGAUAUCUUGCAAUCAAGGUUAUUUCAAUGGACCGGUGAUGCUGCUCUGUAUGAUAAAGAUGAACCUUACAUAGAGGUUGUGACCUCCCCAAACAACCCUGAUGGGACUCUUCGUGUACCGGUAGUGAACUCUCGAGUUGAAGGGAAAAUCAUUUAUGACUUGGCCUAUUACUGGCCGCAAUACACUCCCAUUACUGAUCAGCUUGACCAUGAUGUUAUGGUCUUCACAUUCUCCAAAUGCACCGGUCAUGCUGGUUCGCGUAUCGGGUGGGCAUUUGUAAAGGACAUUGAAGUUGCUAAAAAGAUGAUAAGAUUCACACAGUUAAACUCCAUUGGCGUGUCAAUAGAAUCCCAAAUUCGAGCUGCUAAGAUGAUUGGAGUGAUUUGUGAUGGUUACAAAAAUUUAAAGUCCAUUGAAUCUGAUCACCUCUUUUUUGAUUAUAGCAAAAGACUCAUGAAAGAAAGGUGGGAGAAAUUUAAGACAGCUAUUGAGAAAAGCAAGGUUUUUACCUUGACCAAAUACCCAACUUCCUAUUGUCACUUCAACAAGGACUUAUCUGAGCAAUACCUGAAGGUGUGA